CGUAGCUAGCUGCCCCCAGUGGAUGCGAACAGUUUGACGAUAAAUUAUCACAUUUUUGACUCGAAACUUGCACAGAUACGAAUGAAACCUGGGAGAGGAGACUGGACAUUUUCAGAAUUGUUAGUCACAACAGAAGGAGUGAGAACCUGUAUGUUAUGCUGUGGAAAUUGUGACUGAAAAGUGAGAUUGGUGAAGUGUCGUCUGCGCCAGUGUUUGUGUUGACUGUACGGUAGCAAGCUGUUGAAUGGCAACACCACCCUACCGUGUAUCGAGGCGAUGAGACCGCCGAGUGUUUGACUGAAAGAGACGGCCGGGAUGCGGUUACAGUUGCACCGCCGGAGAGACUGGAUAGCAGCGCCAGUUUCUAGCGACGGUAAGGACAAACAUAAAACAAUGACUCUGAAUAAUUUAGCGAGAAAUCGUCGAAGAAUGUGGAGAAUGUCUUCCAGUGUAGCCAUAGUUUGCCAUUUAACGCUGUUUUUGGCGUUGUUUGGUUUUGCAUCCGGACAAACAUCUGAUUUAGUUUUUACAAUAAAUGAAGAGCAGCCACCGGGAGUUCUUGUGGGAGAAAUACCAACUGAGUCUGGCUUUACGUACACAUUCAGUGACCCUCCUGUGGAGUUUGAACUUAAUAGAAACAAUGGAGAAAUAAGAACUUCUCAAAUAAUAGAUCGAGAACAACUCCGAAAGGAUGUAUUUGAUCUUUUGGUGCUAGCUACUUCAAAUUCAAGAACUAACCCCAUCGAGGUGCGAAUUAUUGUCGCUGAUUUGAAUGAUAACUCACCAGCUUUUCCUGAACCAACUGAUCGUAUAUCAUUCUCUGAGAAUAGACGCAUUGGAACUCAAGUAAUUCUUGAAUCUGCUACUGAUCCAGACAAAGCAUCCAAUGGAAAUAUUGUGCAGUAUUCCAUUUCCGAUGGAAAUUCAGAAAAUGCUUUUCGCUUAGUGGUUAUUCCAGGACCCGACGGCUUGCCCAUUUACAUUCAUCUCGAGACAACAUUUUCACUAGAUUACGAGAGUCAAGAUUUUUAUCAGCUCACAAUAAGUGCGAGAGAUGACGGCUCACCAUCAAGAUCAGGAGUUCUCCAUUUGAACAUUUCUGUCCUCGAUAUGAAUGAUAAUCCACCUAUCUUUGAUCAAAGUGAGUUCAUCAUUAGCAUCAAUGAGAGUACACCAGCUGGAACUAGACUGCUUGAUGUUCAUGCCACUGAUGGGGACUCUGGUAUCAAUGGUGUUGUUGAAUAUUUCAUUGAUGAAGACACUUCCAAAUUUGAUGUUGAGCCGGAUUCAGGGACAAUCAUUCUUCAGGAGAAGUUGGACUACGUCAGCAGUGAUCCGUACCAGGUGACUGUAAAAGCUCGCGAUAAGGGUUCACCAACAUUGUAUGGACGGGCCUUUCUCUCUGUGUUUGUCAUUGAUGAAAAUGAUCACGAUCCACAGAUCUCUUUUGGGUUUUACUCGGAUACUGGAAACUUUGCAACAGUUACAGAAGGAGCAGCAAUGGGCUCAAUUGUUGCUUUGGUUACAGUUACUGAUGGCGAUCAAGGUGAAAAUGGGGAAGUAAGUCUGCAGAUAUUGAAUGGAAAUGAACUUCAACAUUUCAUCUUGGAAACUCUGACCCUACUUGUUCCUGGUUUUAGCCAAGCAAAUAUCUUCAAAUUACUUGUAGCCAGUGAUGUUGAUCGUGAGAAUGUUGAACAGUACAAUCUUACCCUUGUAGCACACGAUAAUGGUUCUCCACGAAGGCAGACGACGGAAAGCCUUAUAAUUCAUGUCGUUGAUACAAAUGACCAUCCCCCAGAAUUCCAAGCAACCGAUUAUCAUGCUGUCUUGAGUGAGGGUGAACCUAUUGGCAGCUUUGUUGAAAGCUUGACGGCUACCGAUGCUGACUCCGGCCUCAAUGCAGUCAUCGUUUACUCUAUCUCAGCUGGAAAUGAUUUGCAAUGGUUUGAGAUUGACUCUGAAACAGGACUAGUCACAACUAAGGCACAACUAGAUCGUGAAGUUGCUUCAGUAAUUGAACUGAACAUCACUGCUAUCGACCAAGGAGUUCAGCCUAUGUCUUCAAGCACCACACUAACUGUAACAAUACUUGAUGAAAAUGAUGAAGCACCAGUUUUUACCAAUCCUCCGUACACUACAUCUGUUCCUGAGAAUAUAAUUGGAAGAUUUGAGGUGAUUUCUGUGUUGGCAGUUGAUGGUGACCAAGGAACUAAUGGACUUGUUCGCUAUGCAUUUACAGCAGAUGUUGAACACCAAUACCCCGGAAUAUUUUCAAUUGACGCAGUCUCUGGCACCAUUUUCACAGAAACAGCAUUAAACCAUGAAGACGUAUCUGAAUAUGACCUGAUUGUUCGAGCCUUUGAUGCUGGAGAGACACCAAAAGAAUCACUUGCAAAUGUUCACGUUGACGUCGGAGAUGAAAACGACAAUGUUCCAGUUUUUUACCCCCAAACUUAUUUGGUGACUAUUCAAGAAAAUGAGCCAGAAAAUACCUUUGUUGAGCGUGUAACUGCAUCAGACUCUGACAGCGGUAACUAUGGGACUUUAACUUAUUCCAUUAUUAGCGGAAAUGCAGCUGGGAAGUUUCAAAUAGAUGGCAGUACUGGUGAAGUAACAACAACUUCAGGUUUGGACAGGGAAGAAGAAUCUUCUUACACUCUUGUCAUCUCAGCAGUUGAUGGUGGUGGUCAAGCCGCAGAACUUAACAGUGAAGUCUACAUCUCUGUUGGUGAUAUUCAGGACAACCCUCCCACCUUUGAUGAAUCUCGAUAUGAGUUUGAAAUACUCGAAAGUGCUGUUUCAAAUGCAUUGGUUGGUCAAGUCACAGCAUCUUCCCAGGACUUAAAUGCUCAGAUAACAUACACCAUUUUUUCAGGUGACCCAAAUGGCCAGUUUGAAAUAAAUGACAUUAAUGGCGAAAUUCGUACAAGCAGAGAUCUUGACCGGGAAACUACACCAUCUUUUGAGUUGACAAUUUACGCUAGUGGGAAAAACUUGUUUGGACGAACCACUGUAGAUGUUGAAAUACUUGAUGUCAAUGAUAACUCCCCUCAAUUCCUCAGAUCAAUGGACUCAACCGAUGUGGUAGAAAACUGGGAAGUUGGUCGACAUUUCUAUCAUGCAGAAGCCACUGAUGCAGACAGCUUUCCAAAUGGGAUUGUCGUUUACGAUAUCUUCACCAAUCCGGACGACACAUUUGGAAUUAAUCGUACGACUGGAUGGUUGUUUUUAACAAGAGACUUACAAGGCUCAACUCAAGACAACUACUUUGUCCAGAUUCGUGCAUCAGAUCUAGGCACCCCAAGAAUGACUGCAUUACUUGAUCUCAUCAUCACAGUACGAGAUGUUAACAAUCAUUCUCCAGAGUUUGCAGCCCAGCGCUUCCAGACGUCUAUCAGUGAAACAACAGAAGUAAACUUUAGAUUUGUUGAUUUGGAAGCCACGGACCGUGAUCAAGGAACAAAUGGUUUGAUAACUUACAGUAUCACUACUGGGAACAAUGGAGACGCUUUUGGUAUUUUUCCUGAUGGCCAAGUUUAUGUGAAGAACUUUUUGGAUCGUGAAAGUAUCAGUGACUAUAUUUUGAAUGUGGAGGCAAGAGAUGGUGGUAUUCCUUCACGCACAGCAUCUACCGAGUUACUUGUGGAAAUUCUGGAUGAAAAUGACAAUCGUCCAUUCUUUGAUAAUUCAAGCUACAUCUUUAAUCUUCAGGAAGGUUCCGCCAUUGAUACCAUCGUUGGAACCAUCUUUGCCACUGACAGGGACUUAGGAGAUAAUGCUGAACUUGCAUAUUCUUUUGUGGAGAACCAGACACAGUUUUCAUUAAACCCAAUAACAGGCAUCAUCAAAAACUUGGUUGUUUUCGACCGUGAGGUUCUGCAAGCUGAAACUGGUCAAUCUUACUUCACCUUUGAUGCAGUGGUGAGGGAUAAGGGUGUUGUGCCGUUCCAAGAUCGUUCCUCCAUUACUAUAGUCAUCAGCGACAUCAAUGACAAUGCUCCAGUAUUUUCCCGUUCAUCCUACCAAGCCACAAUUUCUGAGUUAGCUGAGAAUGGAACCCAUGUAUUGCGUGUAACAGCGAGUGAUUCGGACGAUGGUGACAACUCUUACAUUGUGUACAGCAUCAUGGAAGGGAAUGAGGAGAAGAAAUUCCACAUUGGUAGAACCAGCGGACAGAUCACCCUUAUUGGCCUACUGGACAGAGAAACAACUUCAGAGUACAUGUUAACCAUCAAAGCUCAAGAUGCUGGUACUAUCCCUAUGAGUAAGAUGAUAGGAGUCACGAUUGAAGUCUUGGAUGAGAACGACCACAUGCCAAUAUUCACUCAAUCCCAGUUGGAAUUGGAAGUCACUGAGUGUCUUGCUAUUGGAGAGCCCAUCACGAUGGUAUCAGCCACAGAUGUUGAUAUUGGAGAAAAUGGACUGAUUUCUUACAGCAUCACAGAUGGAGAUAUACAGAACGCCUUUCGUGUUAAUCCUGAUACUGGGGACAUUACUCUGUCUAAACUUCUUGAUCAUGAGACGAAAUCCAGCUACACUCUCAACGUCACAGCAAGAGACUCUGGUUUCCCACCACAGACGUCUGUAACUUCCAUUAUUGUUCAUGUACGGGAUUGCAACGAUAACUCACCUGUCUUUCCUCAACAUUCGGUUGUUAAAUGGAUUGAUGAAGAAAUCAUAUUGAACACUCUUGUAGCAAUUGUUACAGCAUCAGACCCUGACUCUGGUAUCAAUGGAGACAUAAGAUACUCAAUAGAGAGUCAGGAACCAGACGGAGAACAUUUUGUUAUCAAUCGUGAAAAUGGCCGUAUCGUCACAAAUGCCCGCAUUGACUAUGAGUAUCUGAAGGCACACAGUGGUGUCUUUAAAGUCAUUGUGAAAGCCACAGACCAGGCAUUACCCCGUGAGAGUCGUCGUUCUGCUACAUCAGAAGUUGUAAUCUUCGUAAGAGACAUUAACGAUAAUUCCCCCGUCUUCCAGACCCACAAUGCAGUAGUGUUGUCGCGGGAUGCAACAGUAGGAAGCCAAGUUACCACGGUUACUGCCAAUGAUCCUGAUGAUGGUGACAACGGAGAUAUAACUUACACUUUGAUCAAUCGUAGCGUGCCUUUUGAAAUUAAUUCUGAAACUGGAGAAGUUGAACUGACCCGAAACAUUGAAGCCUCGGCACUUUCUUACACCCUGCUUGUGAAUGCUGAGGAUGGUGGACAGAUUCCUGGAAGAACAUCUUCAGAAAUCACUAUUUUAAUAGUUGAUGAUACAAACAAUGGACCAACAUUUGCCGUGACUUCCUAUACCAGUAGUAUUUCAGAAAACACUGCAAUUGGUACGGAAGUUGUAACCAUUACUGCUGGUUACCUUGAUAACACUAAUGCAGACAUAGAAUAUUACAUAACUUCAGUCAUUGGCGGUGAUGUACCGAGAGAAGGGGACUUUCAGAUGAUGACAACUACCGGAGUCAUCUCUAAUGGCGUUGUGUUAGAUCGUGAACUACUCAAUGCUGAUUCUCUAUACCAGGUGACGGUCUAUGCUGUUGAUCGAAGCUCUACAACACCAAGAACUGCAAGUACUCAGGAAGUAUGA